AUGCCGACAGAUAGGCGGAUACUUACCCUUCCACAGAGGGACCUCAGACCCCGUCAGACGACCGCUAACCAAACGACUCACCUGAGGACAAGUGACCGAGGCAACUCUUGGAACUCCCCACCAAUGUUGUUAAUGAUUAACAAGCAGAUUUCGAAGUCCAACAUCGCCCAGGUAUUGAACCAUCGAGGAUGGGUACAACGGUUGCCCGAUGCCAUAACCACGAUGGCCUGCUCAUAUUACGAAAAUCUUUACUCAACGGAGACGGCAGGGAACCACCCCCGUCCAAAGCGAAAGACAGAAGCCAUCCACGCUUACCUGGAAGCUAAUAUCCACACGACACUGACGGAAGACGCCAAAAGGACCCUGGAAGCACCUUUGACCCUAGAGGAGCUGACACCAUACCUGGUAAAAGCCCUGGCCCUGACGGUCUGCCCAUUCGCUACUACAGACAAUUUGCAGAUGUCUAAUACCCACAACUUCUGAGGACGUUCAACUCCCUCACAGAAGGACAGAGGCUUCCCCCACAAACCUUGGCAGCUUAUGUCGUUCUAAUUCCCAAAGAGGGCAAAGACCUGGAACUAUGCACCAACUACCGGCCCAUCUCGUUAUUAAACUGGGAUUAUUCACAAAGAUCCUGACCACUAGACUGAGCCCAUACUUACCCAACCUCGUGAAAUCUGACCAGGUGGGCUUCAUACCCCAUCCUUCAUACCUUCAUACCCCAAGUGAGAGAUGACACCACACGGGUGGAUGACCUGAUGUUGCCUCCCCUGAGGCCACGCUUCCAACCAUCAUGCAUGAAAUUGAUCUUUAUGGGGAACUCUCCAACUUCAAAAUCAACUAUGCCAAACUGACUCUGCUUAACAUCUCCAUGCCCAUUGCUAAGACCGCUGGAGUGUGCAAAUCCUUUUAAUUCCAAUGGUUGGAGAGGGCAGUGAAAUACCUGGGUGUCUGGAUCCCGGGAGACCUCUCCCACCUAUAUGCAACGAACUUCAUGCCCUUACUGUCUACGAUCCAGAAGAACCUGCCACGAGUCCUCUACCUGUUUCAGACGCUUCCUAUGCGGAUCCCAGCCGCAUCGCUCCGAUAAUUAAUGAUAACUUACAUCAACGACCCCGACGGCGAUAUCAAACACUGACUAAACCGAAGACGGAAGCAGGGUUGGCAGUUCCAGACUUUCUCUUAUACUACCACGCUACUCACCUGCAGAGGAGAAUGGAGUGGGCCAAGGACGGGGUGGACAAGUUAAGUGAAGAUGUAGAGCGGGCCCAAAUGGGCAGAUCUUUGCCAGCACUAAUAUGGAUGAUCCCCAAGGCUAGUAGACUGAAGUCAGGCUAGCAGCCAUGCCUUACGGCCACAAUGGAGAUAUGGCACAGGAUAGCAUCCAGACUGAGCCUCUCACCAUUCCCUUUUCGCUAUCACCAACAAUCCCGACUUCCACCCAGGAUUGGAGGGUAGACCAUACACUUGCUUCUUCCCGCAUGGCCAGUUCCAAGCUCUUCAUAUGUUCACAGGACAUGAGCUCAAGACACUGAGAUUUACUGGGGGACAUCAGGGGGACCUUCUUACAUACACUCAAGGACGAGCAAGUUCCUCAGACAGAUCCCCCAACGACCUGACAUAACUAGGACACUCACCUCCUUUGAGCAACAAUGUGUCAAUCCCGACCCACAGCCACAUGCCGUAUCCCCCCUGUACUCUCUUCUACACACACAGCUGAACCUCCCAGCCCCUGGGUACAUGGGGAAAUGGGAAGUUGUCCUUGGUGAAACCUUUACCACAAACCUAUGGGGGAAGAUCUGUGAUUUGGGGCAUCAUUCAUGCGCUUGCUAGUAAGAUACAGAAAACGGCAUAUAACUGUGGUACAGAACGCCUCACCUCUUUCAGUGCAUGAAGGAGACACCCCCCCCCCCCCGCCCCACUGACCUUGUGGUUCGACAAAAUGGAGGACCUAAGAUGGCUAGAAGAACUGACACUCAUGGCUCAAGGAGGCGCCCACUCUUACACAGACAUCUGGACUCACUGGCUGAUGGUCGCAUAUAACGCUAACUUUCGGGCCUUGCUGGCAUAUGGAGCGACUAGCCUGGUGGGAACAGGGUUCUCGGGUUGCGGGCUGUGCGCACUCCCCGCUUGAGAGUUAGAGGAGGAGAUCUUCCUGACCCAACAUUCCAACACUCACCUUUGAGGGACACCCAAAAAUGGGGAGCAGUAGGGGAUACUCCUGAUACAGGUUACUCACACAGGUAAACAACCAGGCGGACACCUGGACAUAGGCAUUUUGUUGCACCUCUGUACGUUAGGUUCACUGCAAAGUGGUACCACUUUAGUCCAUAUAAGAGCGCUAUACAUGUAUGUCAUGCUAUGUAACUGGAUUGCGGACUUUGAGUCCCUAUUUACCAAUAUGUUAUUUGUUUCACUCAACCCUGCCUGGCUUUCAAACUUUGUACGUCAUAUUCUGGAAAAAACGGUUUACCUGUGUACUUACAUUCACUCAGUACUUAUUUUGAUACAGCCACAGUGACCAAUAGAAAUCUUAUUAACAAAAAAAAUGAGGUGGGUUGGGCACCAGUCCAUAGUAACAUUAGAAAAGGUCUGCACUCAGGAAUGCUACACUAAGUACGAUUCUGGUAGGUACUGGGUAUACUAACAUGGUGGGAAUUUGGCCAGGAAGGGGAGCUUGGUACUUGGUGAUACAAUGAAAGAAAGCUUGACAUUUAGGCUUCAUGGAUUAUGAAUAUAAAGGAGACACUAACAUGAGGGAAGCAUGGCUCCACGGAGUACUAAUAUAAGGGGAGCACUUUAUUAGGGGGCACUAUCAUGAGGAAGGCUUGGUUCCACAGGGUACUAAUAUAAGGGGAGCUCUGCAUUAGGGGACACUAAUAUGAGGGAAGCUUGGCUCCACGGAGUAAUAAUAUAAAUGGGAGCUCUGUAUUAGGGGGCCCUAACUGAGGGAAGCUUGGCUCCAUGGAGUACUAAUAUAAAGGGGAGCGCUGCAUUGGGGGACAUGAACAUGAGGGAAGCUUGGCUCCACGGAGUACUAAUCUAAGGGGAGCUCUGUAUUAGGGGGCACUAACAUGAAGGAAGCUGGGCUCCAUGGAGUAUUAAUAUAAAGGGGAGCUCUGUUUAGGGGGCCCUAACAUGAGGGAAGCUUGGUUCUACAGAGUACUAAUAUAAAGGGGAGCUCUGUAUAAGGGGGCCCUAACUGAGGGAAGCUUGGCUCCAUGGAGUACUAAUAUAAAGGGGAGCUCUGCAUUGGGGGACACUAACAUGAGGGAAGCUUGGCUCCACGGAGUACUAAUAUAAAGGGGAGCUCUGCAUUGGGGGACACUAACAUGAGGGAAGCUUGGCUCCACGGCCUACAUACAUAAAGGGGAGCUCUGCAUUGGGGGACACUAACAUGAGGGAAGCUUGGCUCCACGGCCUACAAACAUAAAGGGGAGCUCUGCAUUGGGGGACACUAACAUGAGGGAAGCUUGGCUCCAUGGACUAUGAAUAUAAAGGGGAGCUCUGCAUUGGGGGACACUAACAUGAGGGAAGCUUGGCUCCACGGAGUGCUUAUAUAAAGGGGAGCUCUGUAUUAGGGGGCCCUAACUGAGGGAAUGUUGCUUCUGACCCUCCACCAUUAAAAGAACUUGUUUUGGAGCCCAACUCUACUUGCCCUCCCCAAACAGGGUGAACCUCCUCCAUAACGCCAGCUUCAUUGCCAGCAUGCAGAUGUCUGAACACUCCAUUACUACACUCCCUGAGCAGUGCCAGCUCAGAGGUUACCAUAGCAACCAGAGAUCAUGCGCUGUGUGUGCUAUGGGUGGAGAGCAGGACCUCCUGCGGGAGAUCCCUUCAGCUCGUCCUGCCAAUCAAUUCUUCAGCAUAGUCAAUUCCGAAGAGUUUAUUAACAGGUGUGACAGACAUGCAUCCAUUGGCAUGCAUAACACAUCACUUUAGGGUGUGCACCUUGAGAUAAUUGCAAUCUAAACUUUACUUAUAGGGACACUUCAGGCACCAUAACAACUUAAUUGUAAUGAAGUUCUUAUGGUGUGAGGAAGUUUCAGAUGUCGGCUUACUUCAGUUCAUGAACAGUGGGUUUACCCCAAAGUGUUAAAUAAGCCGUCCAUUUGCUGUUACCACGAACAUCCGCUGCAGUCCUAAGCUUCAAUCAGGAAGCUCCCGACUGGCAGCCGCUGAUAGGCUUAGAGCAUCAGCUGACACGCUUAGCUUAUCAGUAACUCCCCAUUCACAAACCAGAGUGAAAAACGUAGAUAUUUUAACCACUCCGUUUUUUGAAUGGGGAGCUACUGAUAAGCUUAGAAUGUCAUCUACUGUUUGUGGUAAUAGUUACUGCUUUCAACACUUUGCAGUUUAACUGUUCAUGAAUGGUUCAACCCCAUGAGGUAAGGCGGGAUCUCCUUGCACCAUAAUAACUUAAUUCCAAUGAAGUUGUUAUGGUGCCUGGAGUGUUCCUUUCAAAAAUACUAAUUUAACAAAUCAGGUUUAAAGUAACACAUAUUUUGCUGUAACAAAAAGAUGAUGAAUACAGAGGUUUUCUUUAAAAACAUAAGCUAAUCCAAACUCACACAAAUUGCCCAUCGAGCCCGCAAAAAGACCUAGGGAGGGAGGAUGCAUUAGAGUGUGCCUAGGCAUACCCCCUGCACCCACCUAUACGUGUAUCAUUGGACUUAUAUUGGGUUUCUGCUGGAUAGCAGGCUUUAUAGACAUUUAAUUUCUAAAUGUAUUCCGUUGAGAAAUAGUAAGAGGUGAUAAACACAAAAUGCUCAAAAAAGACAGAAUUAUCCACUAAAGUGAGAAUUCCCAGUGAUUUUCAAAUAGUUGAACUUGAAUAUUUAUUUGUCAGUAAUGUUUUCAGUUUGGCUAAUCUCACUUCACUCUGAAUUAUCAUUUUGGCAAAUUACCAUGUUUGUUUCUUCUUUUGCAGAGAAGGCAUCGGAGUGAACAGGAGGACUAUCGAAAUAAGGCUGCACCAGCAGAACAUAAUAUGAAUUUAGAAAUCCAAGCUUUUCCACGUAUUUGCUUGCUAGGGGUAAAUAGGUUUUGGAGUUAUUCAAUAAACUGUUGAGUUUUGGAGAAUGUAAAAUCCUCUAAUGCAGCCAUUUAUCAGCUUAGCUGCAUUAGCAUACACUUUGUAAUAACCAUUGCAACAAUUCAUGGCUUAAUGAAAUAAUCUGUACAUGUCUAAAGAAAUUAUUUACUGCAUCCUUUUGAAAAAAUGUGAGCUGGGUACUGGACACUUUGGGAUGUUUUGGAGACUGGACUUUGGAAGGUAUACAAAAUUUGUUGCUCUGGUGUUAAAAGAUUAUUCUUAGAUAAAAUACAAUCCCUUUUAUGCUGUUGUUUUAUCACCUGUCCAGGUUACUUAGGUUACAGAAUAUACAGCAUCCAUGCCUCAUUAAAGACUUGUAUUAAAAUUGUUUACAUGAGAACCUACUUAUAGCAGUGUAUUCAUUGGACUUUCUAACCUACAAUUCUGUGCCAUUGAAAAGGUGUCUACAGAUUGGAGAGGUGGUGAUAUUGAUUUUAAUCUUAAUAAAAAGGAAAUGGAAUGGAUUUUCAAUGUUAAUACCAUCACUCCUAGAGGAUUGAAUGUUGAGUUUGAUAUUAAUCAAUUUAUAUAGAUACCAUUUACAUAUGUACAUUAUAUAUUUUUAUUAAAAAAAAUCUUUAAAAUUUUUUUGGGGUAUUUUAUAUAUUCUUAUCACUUUGAAAAAACAAACAAAAAAAACUUCCAUCUACACCCUCCAGGUGUAUUCAUCCGUAAAAUAGAUCUUUUAUUAAGAUUAAGAUAUUUCAUAUCCAUUUGAUUUCCUUCCUUUUUCAAAUUUGAGAUAUUGUACUGUAAAAGUGUCUCUUUUAUUGUCCGUGUUGACUUAUCUAAUUAUACUAAUAUUGUUAUGUAUAUAUAAAUAUGCCUUCUUUGAUAGUAAUUACAGACUUUUAUGUAUUUUCCUCCAGCUAUUAAAAGAUUUUGAACUUUCCUACCCUUUACCAGUACUAAAGAUGGACUUUAUACAUCUCAGAGGACUCUAA